AUGUCGAGCCGUCUGAACAACAGCUCGCUGCCGAGGGCAGGCGGCAAUCGGCGGUGGCGUCACAGGCAGCGGCUCUCGCAGCACCGCAGGUUGACAUCGCUGCGCCGUGCGGCGAGGCCGUGCGUGGCGAAUGUCAUGGCCUUAGCUGCACCAGCGCUCGAGGGCGCGCUGGCAGGAGCGCCCGUGGCACGGACGCCUGAGGAGCAGGCGCAGCGGGCCAGGCGGAAUUCGGGCACGUGGCAUGCUCUGUGCGGCGAGGCGAGGGGUGAGCAUCGCAUGCGUGCGCCAGAGACCGUCUUGAACCGCCUCCAGCGGAGCGGAAAAGGCGGCAGCCUGCGCGCCUGGCGUGGGCCCCCCGCGCGGCGGCAUCAAGGCCUGCAAGCGGCAAGCCUCCAGCUUGCGGAAGGGGCGCGGCUGACCCCGUCCACGCACACGCGCUCGCUGGCCUCGGGCGCGCGGUGGUGGCAGGCGCAGGCGGCGCGCGCGAGGCUGGGCGACACCAAGGAGGAGCCGACCCUCGAAGGCCAAAGCGGCGCGCCCACCAGGGACGUCGGCGACCAGCAGCACAGCUCGGAACACCAGCUCGGCGCGCACCUCGUCGACCAGGCGGGCAACGACGCGGACUGGGCCCCUCACGGCCAGCACGGCGGCGGCCACGACGUGGAGGGCCAUGGCAGAGCGGUGCGGGCAGGGGCAGCGCGGGCACAGCUCCUGGGCACGGUGGUGGGCAGCCAGCUCGGCGCGGGCACCCCCCUGCCCGACGACGAGCACUGCACCGAGCACGGCGGCUGGGAGAAAGGCAGCGGGGGCUCGCAGGCCGCGGAGCACGGAGGGCAGGAGCGCGGCGCGGACCAGCAGCUCGGCUCGGCCGAGCGCAGGCUAGCGGAGCGCGCGCCCAUCCUACCCGACCUUGGCGCGCUGCCGCGCACACAGUGGCGCGUUCUCGUCGCCUGGGGCGAGGGCGGCGAGCUCGACGACCCCCCGAGGAGGCGCACAGCCUGGAGUUGCGCCGGGCGCCGAUAG